CAAACUGUUCGACAACGGCCUCAAGUUGGAUAUAUCCAGCUACUCCCAUAUGAAUAUUCGUAUGAGCACAAAAGGCAAGCGCCCUUUGCGGAGCUUGACCCCGAGCGAUAAAAUUCAUGCCAUUCAACGAAUACAUGACGGGGAAUCUAAAGCUUCCGUAGCUCGUGACAUUGGAGUCCCUGAAUCCACUUUACGUGGUUGGUGCAAAAAUGAAGAUAAGCUACGUUUUAUGUCUCGCCAAACUGACAAGUUGACUGCCGAUUCACUUACUGAAAAAUUGGGAGCUUCGGGGGCAAUGUUAGGAGGGCCACCUGAAAAACGUCAAAAGAUGGACAGCGGCUCUGUACCAUUCAAUUAUUCAACUAAAAUAAAAUACGAUGAAGUUGUAUACAAAAGAUCUCCACUUAAUGGCAUCGAGUAUUGUUCAACCAAAAGUUUGUCAGAACUAGGCUUCAAUGGUCUCCCCUCCGACUAUAUGGCUUUUAGCGGUGCUGUUAAAAACAAAGUGUAUGGUGCUGAUAUAUCACGCCAAGGAGAUCCAGCUAUUGCUGCCAUAAGCCCGCUUACUAGUCUAUCUCAUCUCUCAGGAUUAUCUGGCUUGGCACAAUCCCCUCUUGCAAUAAGUUUUAAUGAACUUACAUCGAAUUUGAAUUUGUUGGCGCAAUUAAAUCCUGGACUAGCAGCAAUGUCCGGGCUAAACGGAUUGGCAGCCACAGCGAGCACAUUGCGUAAUGUGAAAACAAAACUACAGCCACAACAAAGUCCUCGUAGUGAAAGCGGAGAACGACAACAGGGAUUGUCUGUUAAAAAUUGGGCUAAACAGAAAUCCCCAACCCCUAAUUCCUCAGAAAAUGUCAAUUAUGGGCUGAACUUAUGUUCAAAUGAUAACAACGAGAAUAAAAUGAAAUCAAUAGUGCCAUCUGUUGGAAAUAGUGUACCAUCAAUAACUAGUCUAUCUGAUGAUCCUUUACUUUAUUGGUUAAAAUCUCAACAGGCAAUGUUGGGUUUAGGUAAUGUCUACCCACCACCGACAGUUCCACCAGUUGGAGCAUCCAGCCCCCCAAUGCGUUCUUCAACACCUCAGCAAUCUGCAAAACUCCAUAUCAACGUGCCAUUGAAUGCUUCCGCGGCAGUGACUUCAUCUUCAACACCCUCAGCUAGUUUAGACGACAAAAAUACUGCAUGGUAUAACUGGUGUAAAGCUCUAGGAGCUAGCCUUAACUCUCUAGCACCAGCUACGCCCGCCGUAAUUCAUGGAGGAUCCAUGCUGAAGCAGUCACCACCAUCAUCUAAUGUGAAUAUUUCGACUAACAUCGAAACAUCAUCCGCAUCAAAUGAUUCCACCCAAAAAACACAUCUGGAAAAUAUUUUGUUCAAUCAGCUAACCAAGAAUAUUGAUAGUUCUCCCAUUGAAAGCACAACCUCGGUUGAUAAUAAUCAUUCUAAUGAUAUUAAACAUGUAGACUCAUUAACGAAUCCCGAAGAUCUAUCCGCCAAAACGAUAACAACUCCUUUUGGGCCAAGUUCUCCCAUUCAUUUACGACCAGUUGCAAAUACAUCGCCCCACCCAAAUACAGAAGAAAGCCUAGUCCGAACUCCAGCACACAGCCCGUAUGAGCAAUCUAAUGUUAAUCAUCCCAGCUCCCCUUUUUACAAUGAAGGGGAGGAAGAUGGGGUUACAAAUAUGGCGGAUUGCAAAGACGUUCUGGAUAACUUAUUAUACAAAAUCAAUAAUAACCCUUCGGUGGCUUCGCUUAGUAAAGCGACAACCCCGACAAGUGAAGGCCCCGACAGAGAUGGCUGCUACAGUGAGUCUAAUGACACCUAUAUCAGUGACCAUAAUCAGAACAGCAGCGAGGACAAUACCAACAAUAAUCACUCAAACAAGACAGAUGAAGAAGAACGAUUUAAAGUUUUGGAGUUCAAGGUGACCGAAUACAAAGAUUCUGAAGCCAUAAAACAUGGUGAAAAGUUCCUUAAAUGGUUAGAAAACUGUAGCGAUCCCCGCAUUACAGCAACACAUUUAAUGCAGUUGAGAGUUCUUAUAUCAGCUUUAAAAUCUAAUUUCGAUACCAAAGUAGAAAACUCUGUAGAGGACGUCAGAAAAGGAUUUUCCGAAUGCUGUAACGAAUAUGCCGUGAAUGCUCUGGAAGACAACAAUAGAAUAAAUAAAAUACGUCGUCGCAAAUAGGAACAACCCAAAUCUGCUACAGUGGAGUCUAAAGAAUGAACCCGUAGGCAAAAAUUGUACACAAUAUAAAACAAAUAUUCAUAAGAAAAAAGUAAAGAAAUCUACAUUUAUAAGUAAAUUAGUUAAAAUAGUGGAAAACUGUCAAUGAUUCUUCGUUGAAGAGGUCAGUUUUCUUACAUGUCAACGUGAAUGAAAUGUAUCAAAAUAAUCAAGAAGCUUAUAAAAUGACUUGAAAACUUCACGACGAUGAGAAAAAAUCAAUUUAAAUAAAUUUUAUGUUGUAACGCCAAUAGUAAAUCAGCAAACUAACUUAUUAACUUAAAACUAUUAAUUAAUUCUUAUUGAUUUAGUCCUAUUAUAUUUAUUCCUAUUAUUAUUCAUACUUUGUACAUAAUACAAGAAUGAUAGAAUACAAGAUUGCGCCAAUCGAGCUGAGAGAAACUGGCCGUGACG